AUGUCGCGAGCUGCAUUCACCCGCAUCGCCCCUGCCCUCGCACACGCUCGCGCAGGCCCUGCAGCUGCGCUGCGCCGAGCUGCUCUUGCGCGCAGUUAUGCUACACAGAGCGAACAGACAGUGACUGUUCGUGAUGCCCUCAACUCCGCGCUCGAGGAGGAGAUGUUGCGAGAUGACAGGGUCUUCGUCAUUGGCGAGGAGGUUGCACGAUACAACGGUGCCUACAAGGUGACGAAGGGCCUCAUGGAUAAAUUUGGGGAGAAGCGGGUUGUCGAUACUCCCAUUACAGAGAUGGGUUUCGCAGGUCUGGCUACCGGAGCCGCGUUCGCUGGUUUAAGACCAGUCUGCGAGUUCAUGACCUUCAACUUCGCUAUGCAGGCUAUUGACCAAAUUGUCAACUCCGCGGCAAAGACGCACUACAUGUCUGGCGGCGGCGUCACUUGCCCGAUUGUGUUCCGUGGACCUAAUGGUGCAGCUGCUGGUGUGGCUGCCCAGCACUCACAAGACUACGCAGCAUGGUACGGCUCAAUACCAGGCCUCAAGGUCGUCAGCCCUUGGAGUGCAGAGGAUUGCAAAGGUCUCUUGAAGGCUGCUAUUCGGGAUCCUAACCCCGUUGUCUUCCUCGAGAACGAGAUGAUGUACGGUGUCAGCUUCCCCAUGUCCGAGGAGGCGAUGUCAGACAACUUCAUCCUCCCCAUCGGCAAGUGUAAAGUCGAGCGCGAGGGUAGCGAUGUCACCAUCGUUGCGCACAGCUUGAUGGUCACCCGCAGUCUUGAUGCCGCUGACGAAUUGGCGAAGGAGGGCAUCAAGGCGGAGGUCAUCAACCUGCGUAGCAUACGCCCCCUCGAUAUUGACACUAUUAAGAAGUCGAUCCAGAAGACAAAUCGUCUCGUUAUCGUCGAGGGUGGUUUCCCCGCCUUCGGUGUCGGCAGCGAGAUCUGCGCACAAGUGAUCGAGAGCGAAGCCUUCGACUACCUAGACGCCCCCGUCGAGCGUGUCACCGGCGCUGAUGUGCCCACACCCUACGCUAUCAACCUGGAGGCCCGUGCUUUCCCAGAUGGCCCCGUCAUCGCGAAGGUUGCCAAACGUGCUCUGUACAGGACAAACUAA